GCUCCCCCUCCCUCCUCCCGUCCCCUCCUUCCCCCGCUUCUAAUUCCUGCCGCUCGCUCCGAGCCUCAUUCAGCCGCCGCCGCCAGUGGAGUGUAACAGGCGGAGGAUGCUGCGGUGUCUGUUCAGUGUCUAGUUGUGAAUGGGACUUGCCUCCUCGCCCUCCGCCGCCGCAGGUGACAAGGGAAGCAGCCAGCCCGGCUGGACUCCCAGCAAGAGCUGAAAUAUCGGAUAAGUGGCAGCAGAAAAUCUGCAUUGUCAACACAGACUCAUUAAGUGGCCAUUCAAAUGGGUGGAAUAUGUUACAUAAAUUGGCAACAAGUUUCCAGUGGGUGAAGCAAUUAAGCUGGGAACCUGCAGAUCAUUAAAGUGAUGCACUUAAUGAAAGGUGGCAUCCUGUAUGCAGAACAUUACAUCUGAAAUUUUCCAGUAGCUCCAAGGUUCUUACUUCAGAGGUGGCUCUGGGUGGAAGGAGUAGAUUCUCGAAUACUCCUGUGCCUAUAAAUUAACCAAAAAUGAAGGAGGACAGUUGUUUACAUGCUGCUCUUAUCUGCCUGGGCAUGCUAUAUUAUAGCCAUGCCAUGUCUACAGAAAAACUUAACCCUUUAAGGCCAUCACUCCAUGGUCACCAUGAAAAAGGAAAAGAAGGGCAAGUUCUGCAUCGUUCAAAAAGAGGCUGGGUGUGGAAUCAGUUCUUCGUAAUAGAAGAGUACACAGGACCAGAUCCUGUACUAGUUGGCAAGCUUCAUUCAGAUAUUGAUUCUGGAGAUGGAAACAUUAAAUACAUUCUCUCAGGUGAAGGUGCAGGAAUCAUUUUUGUUAUUGAUGACAAAUCAGGGAACAUCCAUGCAACAAAGACACUGGACCGAGAAGAGAGAGCUCAGUAUAUACUAACGGCACAAGCUGUAGACAGAAACACUAACAGACCUUUGGAACCACCCUCUGAAUUCAUUGUGAAAGUUCAAGAUAUAAAUGACAACCCACCUGAGUUCCUACAUGAAAACUAUCAUGCAAAUGUGCCAGAGAGGUCCAACGUGGGUACAUCAGUUAUUCAGGUAACUGCUUCGGAUGCUGAUGAUCCUACCUAUGGGAACAGUGCCAAACUGGUUUACAGUAUUCUUGAAGGUCAGCCGUACUUCUCCGUGGAAGCACAAACAGGUAUUAUUAGAACUGCUCUUCCCAACAUGGACAGAGAAGCUAAGGAAGAAUAUCAUGUUGUAAUACAAGCAAAAGAUAUGGGAGGACACAUGGGAGGACUCUCAGGGACAACCAAAGUGACAAUUACACUUACUGAUGUCAAUGACAACCCACCAAAGUUCCCACAGAGUGUGUACCAGAUGUCAAUAUCAGAAGCAUCCAUACCAGGGGAAGAAGUAGGACGACUGAAGGCCAAAGAUCCAGAUAUUGGAGAAAAUGGCUUAGUGGCUUACAGCAUCAUUGAUGGAGAUGGUGUGGAGAUGUUUGAAAUUACAACAGAUUAUGAGACUCAGGAAGGUGUUGUAAAGCUUAAGAAGCUCCUAGAUUAUGAAACCAAAAAGUCCUACAGUCUGAAGGUAGAGGCAGCCAAUGUACAUAUUGAUCCUAAGUUCAUCAGCAAUGGACCAUUCAAGGAUACUGUAACUGUAAAGGUAGCAGUUGAGGAUGCUGAUGAGCCACCCAUAUUUUUAGCACCCAGUUAUAUUCUUGAAGUACAAGAGAACGCGGCAGCUGGUGCUGUUGUUGGGAGAGUACAUGCCAAAGACCCUGAUGCUGCAAAUAGUGCUAUAAGGUAUUCAAUUGAUCGUCACACUGACCUUGAAAGAUAUUUUAGUAUCAGUCCAGAAGAUGGUUACAUUAAGACCAUAAAAGCUCUGGAUAGGGAAGAAAUUGCUUGGCAUAAUAUCUCUGUCUUUGCAACUGAAGUCUACAACCGACAUCAGGAAGCCAAAGUUCCUGUAGCAAUUAAAGUCCUUGAUGUCAAUGACAAUGCUCCAAAAUUUGCAUCGACCUAUGAAGCAUUUAUUUGUGAAAAUGGUCAGAGCAACAAGGCAUUUAUUACAAUUACUGCUGAUGACAAGGAUGAUGCCGCCAAUGGACCGAGAUUUAUCUUCAGCUUACCACCUGAAAUUAUUCACAAUCCAAAUUUUACGCUCACAGACAACAGAGAUAAUACAGCGGGUAUUUAUGUUAGACGCGGUGGCUUUAGUCGACAAAAGCAGGAUUUAUACCUUCUUCCUAUUGUAAUAAGCGAUGGUGGAAUCCCUCCAAUGAGCAGCACCAAUACCCUCACUAUUAGAGUCUGUGGCUGUGACAGCAAUGGCUCCAUGCUCUCGUGUAAUGCUGAAGCUUACAUCCUCAAUGCUGGACUUAGCACUGGAGCUUUAAUUGCCAUUCUCGCUUGCAUUGUGAUUUUAUUAGUCAUUGUAGUGUUAUUUGUAACACUGAAAAGGCAGAAGAAAGAACCUUUAAUUGUUUUUGAAGAAGAAGAUGUCAGAGAGAACAUUAUAACUUAUGAUGAUGAAGGUGGUGGAGAGGAAGACACUGAAGCCUUUGACAUUGCUACUUUGCAGAACCCUGAUGGCAUCAAUGGGUUUAUUCCUCGUAAAGACAUAAAACCCGAGUAUCAGUAUAUGCCAAGACCAGGGCUUCGGCCAGCUCCUAAUAGUGUUGAUGUUGAUGAUUUCAUCAACACAAGAAUACAAGAGGCUGAUAAUGAUCCAACUGCUCCUCCUUAUGACUCUAUUCAGAUCUAUGGCUAUGAAGGAAGAGGCUCAGUGGCUGGUUCACUUAGCUCGUUAGAGUCAGCGACAACAGAUUCUGAUUUGGACUAUGACUAUCUACAAAACUGGGGACCUCGUUUUAAGAAACUAGCAGACUUGUAUGGUUCCAAAGACACUUUUGAUGAUGAUUCUUAACAAUAAAGUUACAAAUUUGGCCUUAAGAACUGUGUCUGAUGUUUUGAAGAAUCCAGAAGAAAUGUAAGCAGGUAUUUUUUUAAAAAUCAAGAAAAGGCUCAUUUAAACAUUUAAGUUUGACAAAGAGGAUUCCUUUAAUAAUAAUGAAAAGGACAUAAAAGUGGUAAAUACUGUGAAGUACCUUUUCUUACAAAAGGCAAAUAUAGAAGUUGGUUAUCAACUUCACUAGAGAAAAAAACCACUUGUGAAGUACAAAAUAUUUAAGGAAAGGAAAAUUCUAAAAGUGAACCUACAAAUGAGGGAAAUCUUUUAUGUAUUAUGAACAUCUAAAUCUUUUAUGUCAAAGAAGCUUCCACACAUUAGAAAAAGAUAACAGUUCUGAGCUGUAAUUUCGCCUUAAACUAUGGACACUCGUAUAUGUAGUGCAUUUUUAAACUUGAAAUAUAUAAUAUUCAGCCAGCUUAAACCCAUAUGAUGUAUGUACAGUACAAUGUACAAUUAUAAUGUCUCUUGAGCAUCAGACUUGUUACUGCUGAUUCUUGUAAAUCUUUUUGCUUAUACUUUCAUCUUGAACUAAUACGUGCCAGAUAUAAAACUCUGUCUUGUUGCAGUGGGAGGCGCCCUAUUUCUAUGUCAUUUUUAAUGUAUCUAUUUGUACAAUUUUAAAGUUCUUAUUUUAGUAUACAUACAAAUAUCAGUAUUCUGACAUGUAAGAAAUGUUACAGCAUCACACUUAUAUUUUAUGAACAUUGUACUGUUGCUUUAAUAUGUGCUUCAAUAUAAGAAGCAGACUUUGAAAUAAAAUGAUUCUUUUUUUAA